CGCGGCGAGCCGGGCGGAACCCUGCUGCGGACGGUGCCUGCGGACGGUGCCUGCGCCGGGGCGGGCCGAGCCUGGGGCGGGGCCCCGGUUCCGCUGCUGCCUGGCGCCGCACGCCCCGCCAUAGAGGGAGAACUGGGCUGCAGUUCUGGGUGAAGAAGCAAAGUGAUCUACAUGUGCUUCACUGCCCUUUGGAAGAAUGACAGAUGACAAAGAUGUGCUUCGAGAUGUGUGGUUCGGACGAAUACCAACCUGUUUCACUCUCUAUCAGGAUGAAAUAACUGAGAGGGAAGCUGAACCCUACUAUUUGCUUUUGCCAAGGAUAAGCUACUUGACCCUGGUAACAGACAAAGUGAAGAAACACUUUCAGAAAGUCAUGAGACAAGAGGAAGUUAAUGAGAUAUGGUUUGAAUAUGAAGGCACACCGCUGAAAUGGCAUUACCCAAUUGGUUUGCUGUUUGAUCUCCAUGCAUCAAAUACAGCCCUUCCUUGGAGCAUCACAGUGCACUUCAAGAACUUUCCAGAAAAGGAUCUUCUCCACUGCCAUUCAAAGGAUGUAAUUGAAGCACAUUUUAUGGCUUGUAUAAAAGAAGCAGAUGCUUUAAAGCACAAAAGUCAAGUCAUCAAUGAGAUGCAAAAAAAGGAUCAUAAGCAACUGUGGAUGGGAUUACAGAAUGAUAAAUUUGAGCAGUUCUGGGCAAUUAACCGAAAGCUGAUGGAGUAUCCUGCAGAAGAGAGUGGAUUUCGAUACAUCCCAUUUAGAAUUUAUCAGGCCACAACAGAGAGACCUUUUAUACAGAAGCUAUUUCGACCAGUUGCUUCAGGAGGAGAGGUGCAUACUCUGGGAGAUCUGCUAAAAGAUGCCUGUCCUGGUGCUAUCAGCUCUGACGAUGGAGAGCAGAAGACUCAAGUGAUGAUCCAUGGAAUCGAGCCAAUGCUGGAAACCCCCAUCCAGUGGCUAAGUGAACAUAUGAGCUAUCCAGAUAAUUUUCUCCACAUUAGUAUCAUUCCCAGACCUACCGAUUGAAACUCAACCGCGUCGGUACCAGGAUCCUUCUCCAGCUGGAAUCACAGAGGCCACCUCAACUUCUUGCUUCUCUCAGUCUUUGGACAGAGGCAACCUGAAGAAAGGAGAAAAAAAACAAAACCUCAACAAAACAACCCGAAACAAACCAAGAAGUCCUCACUGCUGCGAGCCAAACAGGAAGAGAGAUCCUAUCCCCAGAUACGGGCAAUGGGGGCUGAGCUGACUUUGCAUCCUCGCUGCUGCUUCCCUUCUCCGCUGCACUGAAAUCGGUUGCGAUGUGAAACGAAAUGAGCAGGACCUCUGUGAGCCCUGCUGUGUGCUUGUAAAGCAGAGCCGAGCCGAAGCUGUCAGAUGGCAACGUGCCACUGGGUUGUACUUCUGGUUAACAAAUAAACAGGGCUGUGUACUAAAGCAGCAGCGUUGCAAACUUGGCAGCGUGGAAACGUUGGUUUCAUUUCCUAGCAAGUCGGGCAGGGAGAGCUUGGGUUACCGAUGGCUUUUUGGAACAGAUCGAGUUACUGCCAGCCCAGCUCUCCUCAAUGAGAAUUUGGUGUUUACAGCCUGGCUAUUGGUAUGCAAAUGAGCUCCCAACUUUGAUAGCGCGGUGAGAGGUUUGGGGGUUGGUUCUUUCCCCACUCGACCUAGCCAGCAUGGGUUUGUCACUUAAAAACCGUGCCCCGACUUCAGCCUUUACAAAUCCCUUUUGCUCUGUGUGCUGUCACCCAACGCUCCCAGCCUGUGUGUCCUUCAAACCCUCUUCCUAGGCUAGCAGCGAUGGAGGGUGAUUGGUCAUGGCCUUUCUUUGUCCUCAUCACCACCAGUUUUGUUCUUUCUCUAGGAACAUUUUUCUGAGUUUAGUUCGAAAAGUUAAAGAAAAACAACAAACAAGAAAGGAAAUGUUGCAAAUGAUUGUAUCCUGCUGGGGUUUGGGGUUUUUUUUCCUAUAGACUGGAAACCAGAUCAACCCCAGGAUGAUCAACAGAUGUAUUGCUUUUUAAUCACUUGGAAAGCCAUUUCCCACCUAAUUCUUCUUUACCUCUUGAGGUUAGUUUUCUACCGUGGUCCCCUGAGCAAUCAGUCUGAAAUUUGGAAGCUUCUAAUCUCACUGCACAGAUUUCUCCCCCCCCCCCCCCCCCCGCCCCCCCCUUUACUUUAGGAGAUUCAUUUUUAGGUUAUUGAACUGAUUUGGUUUCUAAAUAUUUGUUGCCACUGCUGCUGCUGGGACUCAACCUUUUUUAAUCAUUAUCCUUUUGGUGUGUGUGUAUUCUGCUGAAUUCAUCAAGCCCUGUGCUCUGUUGCUUUGUCUGCACUUGUGGCUCUUGGUGGCACAAGACUGUGUUGAUAGUAGACAUAUAUCAAGUAUGUGAAAUAUUAUCAAAUAUUAAGCAAGCAUGACCUUUUUCUUACAAAAAAUAGUAGCUGUUCAAGUUCCUACUGAGAGUCUUGGCCUGCAAAUAACCCAGUAACUCCCAGUGCUGUUCCCUUUAUGGUAGGAUCCUUACCUGUAUCUGAAAACCGUAAGAAACUGAAAAUCAAUCAAUCAAUCAAACAAAAAUCUCUUUAAGAAACAAGAGAGGAAGGAUCUCCUUGAGUGAAGGAUAAAGACUGAGGCUAGAAAAAGCCCUAAGGGCAGAAAGAGUCAGCAGACAAAUUGGUGUUUUAAUGUAAAUAGCACGAAGGAAAUGGAAGGGAGAGGGUAAGAAGAGUCAGCUAAACCUGUGCUGCAUUCUGUGGGUCAGGAAGAGGGUUUAGAUGAAAGCAAACUCUGCUGCUGUGGCUUGCUGCAGAACUGAGGCAGAGCAUUCCUAACAGUGGGAUGAGUUGGUUGAGUUCUGAUUUCCAGUUCUGUUUGGAGUUCUUGUUACAGCAUUGGAUUGGCAUUUACAAACUUCCUCAGGCAGGCAGGCAGGCAGGUCUGAACAGCCUGGAGGACUUCCAAAGUCCUGCCAGGGGGCAAAGCAAAUAUUUUGUAGAAUCAUCCUAUUCCCAAAAGCCUUUUGUAGGGAUAAUUUUUUCCAUGCAUCAGGAGAAGCAGCAGUGCAUUUCAGAGCACUGUGAAGCUUGGCUUCCUUUGGAUCAGGGUAGGCUGGAAUAAGUCACUGGCGGUUUGACUCUCUUCUACACCAGCAUUUUGAGUCUUCAGCUGUCCCCUCGUGGCCCAUGCGUGCUAGGAAAUCAACAUUUUCAAGGCCUGGCAUGGAACAAAGAAGUAGCUUGGCUUUAAAACUUACUCUUUCCUCUUAUUUUAACUAUUUAAACUUUAUUAAAAAAUAAACUGAA